AUGUCCGACGACGUCUCGCAGUUUUUGCAGCAAGUCCAGCAGCUGCAAGGUCGCCGUGUCGAGGAGGACGAGGCCAGGUCAAGAGAACUGGAGGAGAAGAUACUCCAGGAGAAGAGUGAACGCGCCGCUCGACGAGCUGAGCGCGCCAGGUCCAUUUCACCCCAAAAGUCGUCUCCGGCAAACACGCCUCCUCCUCCUUCCCAUCGAGCCUCCGGUGUUUCUGAUCGCCUCAGUCUGACGUCUUCGCCCGUUCUUGAAAGCGCGAGAUCGCGCCGAGAUGAUACCUUCGACAACAUGGAGAGCCCUGUGACCAAUUUCUCAACCUCUCCCACGAAGGAGAACGAGUCGACUUUCGACAUUGAGUCCAAGCGAACGAGUGUGACAUCCUCGGGCACCAUACCUUCGCCUGGAAUCAGGACUGCGCCGUUGUCGUGGCAGAGGCGUCCAAACUCACAGUCCUUUGACAAGACAAAGUCUAGGCCUCUGUCCAUGCUGGCAGCCGAGAAUGCCGCCCGCACAUCCACAACAGCCUCCCCGGAGCCUUCAUCGACCACGGAGCAGUCCUUCACCAAGGACCAGAUCGCGCAGGCACUGUCUGCAAAGGACCCCACUUGGUUCCGCCAGACCUCAGACCGUGGAUUGAAUUCCCCCGCCUUCCGUCGCACUCAAGUCGAGGAUGAGGAUCGUCUAGACAUGUCGUCGAUGCGAUCCCAGUUACCUGGCAUGACGCCGCCCACCUCAUCGCGGGAAAGUCCUAUUUCCAAUCCUGCCCCGCUGCAACCCAGUAAAUCAGCCCCGCAUUUGGACUUGACACCGACUCAGCGAUUUGAACCUGGCGGUCAAUCGCCCGCUGAUUCGGAGGAUCGUGGCGGCGUCGACGAGGCAUCCCCGACGCGGGCAGAGGGUCGUAGGUCACCCACACGACCACGCUCUCCAACCAAGGGGAUGGGAGGCAUGAUCCGCGACGGAUCAGCGACUCCCACCCCACGUCCGACCAGCCGGCACGGCUCCGAAGAAUUAGGGGACGAGCCGGCAACCACCGGCAGUCAUGGCGUCGCAGAUCCAACCCCUGACACAAAAUCUAAUCUCACUUUAACCACCACCCCGCUCGACCAGGACGAAAAGACAACUCCUCCUGCAAGUCCGACAAAAACCAUGGACACUCGCAGAUGGAGCCCUACAAAAUCAAGUUGGCUUGAGGCAGCCCUCAACAAGCCAGAAUCGCCCAAACCGAAGCCCGCGGCGCCCCCCUCGAACCAGCCCGCCUGGAUGGUCGAGCUGAACAAGGCCAGGGCUCAGAAAGCGAACAAUCCAGACGCCGCAAUCAACAAGUUGAACCCGGCGUCGCACAAGCACGAGGUCAAAAUUGAUGGCCUCCUACGAUCAUCGCCAGCCACCUCAGCAACGAAAUCCAAUCCGCCGGCCGUCGCUGCGCCUUUUUCUCCUGCCAAUCUGCGAAGCACUCUUAAUACUCCGUCCACCGUCUCCAAGUCCACUGUCGGCUCUGAGACGCCUGCUGGUCCUGGUGAUUCCGCAAGCAAGCCCAGCACACCUACCCCUAUCGACUUUAGGUCGCAAUUAAAGCCACGGCAGACCCCCUCGGCGUUCGAAUCGCCAAAGGGAGGUAAUGUUAACGAGCUUAAGAACGUCUUCGGAAAUUUGCGAAAGACGAAAACCCAGAACUACGUGGCUCCCGACGAACUGAAGGAUAACAUCCUGCGAGGCAAAGCCGCUCUUAACCUGACCGGCGGCCCGAAGAAGUCGGAGCGAAAAGACGAGUUCAAAGAAGCCAUUCUUAAGAAGAAGGAAGACUUCAAAAAGGCUCAACUUGAAGGAACCGGCGUUACUCCCCGCGCUCCGGGUACAUCGACGACCGAGCAGCCACUGCCCGAAGGCCUAGCCAAGCGGAACCAGCUAGCUAGGUCUUCCACUCUAUCUAAUCGAGAUUCGGUAUCGUCGGACACCACGAAAGCCGCCUCUUCUGUACUAUCUAAUCGCAAUUCUUUUGCUACAGAUAUAACAAGCGUCGAGGCACCGACUCCCUCCCCCUCCUCCCUCAAAACGAGCCACACACCAACGAGAGAAACGACAAAAUUCGAAACAACAACACCUAAGGCUGAAAACCUCCCACAAUCACCAGUCUCCCAGCCAGCGUCAGCCCAGAAGGAAUUCACAACUCCGUCGCGCCUAUCCACUCGAGCCGGCGGCAGUUCUCUAGCAGAGAGAUUCAAUCCCGCUCUCGCUGGAAUUCUUGCGCGUGGGCCACCCACCGUUACUGCUCCUGGCAGCACCAGGUCCUCGGACAGCCCCAGCGCCUCGGGACAACAGAGUUCUAGCGCAGGUCCUUCCUCGUCCGACGCUGCCGGACCAGGGCCGCAACUUACGCACAUCACUAAGAACCGUGCUAGAGGCCCGCGACGUAAGGCCCCAAGCUCGGCGGCACCAGCCGUGUCUACUAGUCCUGCAACCACCGCGACACAAACCAGCAGCGCUUCUCCAGCAGCUACCCUCCCUACCACCAAUCCUGGCCCCACAACCUCUGCGUCUGGUCAAGUUAAGUCGUCGACAAUGGCGACCUCGAUCACGGAGAUGGCGGCGCCCGCGUCAAUGGGCACAUCAGACCAGAUCCAAUUGGCAGAUUCCUCUAAGGCCAUCGCCGCCGGCCAGGUCCAGCUUGUCGAUUCGUCAAUCAUGUCUCCAUCCUAUGGCAGCCAGUCAUAUCAGUCAUACACUCGGCGGAGAGAAACUGAGAGCAGCACCGUCUCUUCACCGGGCCAGAUCAAACUCGUCGACUCCUCAGCCAUGAGAGAGGCAUACGCAGCGGCAACCCCUACGAGAGAGAGUCGGGGCUCGUACUCGGGACAGUCCUUCGGGAGCGCUACUCCGAUCCGGGACAGUCGUGGGUCGUACUCGAGCUUCUCAUCACUGAAAGGUGCCUUGGCAUCUCAGGUUGCAGGGGCCGCCGUGCAGAGGAGCAGUCCCUUGACCUCGAACGCCACGAUUGCCGAAACCAGCCAAAAGCCCACGGAGGAACCGAAGUCACAACCUCCGUCUCCGAGAAAGCUCGAUAUGAAGAGAAUGUCCAAGUUCCUAGAUGAUGCGGACCAACCAAGCCCGAAAACUACAGUGCCUCCCUUGUCGGAAAACCCAUUGAGGUCACCUCGACGAAUGUCGAGGCCCCCUUCGCCUAACAAGCUUCCUGAGCAACAACCGCUGCCACAGCCUGCAUCUUCUUCGACCACUCCAAGUUCUCCCGCAAAACCUCUACCUCAUCCGCCCUCACCCACCAAGGAGACGCCUGCUCCUCUUCAAAGGAUGCCUACUGGAGGACCUAGCAGGUUCGUGAUGGGUGUAGCGGCGAUGUUUGGAGGCGGCUCUGCAUCUGCCCCGCUAGCCAAGGAGUCUGUGCCGGCCCCGAACGGACAGGAAGCGCGGCGAUCUCGAUCCCAAUCACCCACUAAAGUUGGUGAUCGACCGCCCCCUCUCAGCCCCCGUGCUAAGUCCCGAUCUCGGGUGUCUUCGCCCAUGCGUUCGCCUACGAAGCAGGCCAUAGAGACCGCCGCGCUUCUCAGCGACUUUUUCGGACCCCAACGCCCUAAGAGAGAGUAUCGAGCUGACGCUGCCGAGAUUCUGAUGCGCCGACCGCCAACUGGACAGGGCAUCAAGACCCUAUCAAAGCAAAGGCUGCAAAUCUUUGGGGACGGCAAGAUGGUGCAGGUUCCGUUGCACAAUGAACGGGUCCUCUUCGAGCGAGAGAUGUACAUUUGCUCGCACACAUUCACAAACGCGGUAGGCAAGAAGCUUUGCGAGGUGUAUUUGUGGGCCGGGGACGAAGUGCCAGCCUCAACCGUUAAGGCUGCUGAGGGAUUCGUCGGCAGGGAGGCCAAGGCUGUCGGUGGUAAAAUGAUCGUCCUCAAGCAAGGAAAGGAGACUCCCGAGUUCCUCCAGGCCAUUGGCGGCGUCGUCAUUACCCGCCGUGGAUCCAGUAACAAGUACGAUUCCCUCGCGCCCAACAUGCUUUGCGGCCGCAGGUACUUCGGCUUCGUCGCCUUCGACGAGGUGGACUUCUCCCCCGUCAACCUGUGCUCUGGAUUUUCCUACUUGAUCAACCAGCAGGGCCAGUGCUUCCUCUGGAAGGGCAAGGGAAGUGACUCGGAAGAGCUCGAGAGUGCGCGACUCAUUGGCAUGGACUUGUCUCUCACUGGCCAACUCGAAGAGAUUGAUGAUGGCAACGAGCCGGCUACGUUUUGGGAUAUUUUCGAUGGGGGCUCGAAGCAGCUCUCGGCUGAUCACUGGCGACUGAAACCGAAUUACUCUAAGUACUGCUGUCGACUGUUCUGCUCGGACGCAUCCUCCAAACAGCAGAUCAUCGAACUCAGCCCGUACAGCCAAUCAGACCUCAGUCCCAAGAACAUUUACGUGCUCGAUGCCUUCUUCGAGAUGUACAUUAUUGUUGGCGCCGAAGCCAAGACACAAUACGCGUCGUUCCGGAAUGCCCUCGACUUCGCCCAGGAGUACGCUAUACUGGCCAGCGGCAUGGAGGACCGCCCCUUCGUGCCCAUCUCGACGGUAGUCCUAGAGGGUAUUCCGCGCGAUCUGAAGAGCGUUUUCCGAAAGUGGCGGGAUGCGAACAGCCCGACUAUCAUGCCCCCUCCUUCCACGCCAGGUUCUGGCUUGAAGAGAGGUAGGAGUUUGAGGAUUGUGCCGCUGACCCAGGCGUUGCAGGCGCUGGCCGAGCCAUAG